AUUCUUCGAUAAUUUUCACGUAACAUUUCUUUUUAUCAACAAUAAGUCAUGUAGAUAAUCUGUGUUUUUCCAAUAACAAUAUAACUCAUUCUGUACACAAAAUAUAGUAGAUAUAGAUAUAUAGUUUAAUUUAAUGAUUUUCUGUCGGGUACCAAAUAACUGAUUAAAUUAUUCAAAAAACCGUAAAUAUAAAGAGCCCAUGAAUCACCGUGAUUAAAAUGAAAUGAAUCAAUAAUAUUUUUGAAUUAACAUUAAAAGAAAAACAAAAAAAAAUCCAAAUUAAAAUUUCAAAUAGUAAUAAGCAAUAAUUGACACAAAUGCAACAAUGUGUUGGUGUUCUAAAAUAAAAAUUAAAAAAAAAUUUAAAAAAAAUAAUUAGCAAGAAAAUAUUAUUAAUAAUAUAAAAUGACUGAGAUGUUUGGCUCUCCUCGUGAGGCCGUAAGAGUUAAAGUAAAGAAAUGUGAGACAAGACAUCAACCAGAAUACAGAAAAUUUAGUGUUGAUCCACAAAUAACAUCAAUUGAAGUAUUACAAAGUAUAUUAAUUAAAGCGUUUGAUAUAAAGGGAGAAUUUACUGUAUCAUAUCGGGCGAUAGAUGACUAUGGCGCAGAGACUUAUUUAUUUUUACUUUCCGAUUGGGAUUUGGAUGCUGCAUUUAUCAGUGCUUCAGAGCCUUACUUAUAUCUUCAAGUAAAUUUAAAACCUUUUGGAGAAUCUGGUGAUUGUAGCUGCGAUUGGGAACAAAAUAAUCAAGAAUUAACGAUAAAACAUCAAGAAUCUAGUUUUCCAUACAAAACUCCAAAAUUUCCAGGUCUAAUAAUGAAUAAAGUAGAAAAAACUUUAAAUAUGGUUCAACGAGCACUAGGUAAUUUAGCAGAAGAAUCUUCUCAACAAAAUAUUCAACCACCACGACCACCAUUAACUGACGCCGAAUUCCGACGAUUUCUUGAUCCAAUUGGUCAAGUAAUACAUUCAAAAGAGUUAAGAGCUGUUAUUUAUUUCGGAGGUAUUGAACCAAGUCUAAGAAAAGUUGUAUGGAAACAUAUUUUAAAUGUUUAUCCUGAUGGAAUGUCAGGUCGAGAAAGAAUGGACUACAUGAAACGAAAAGCUCAAGAAUAUCAAUCACUUCGAGAAAGAUGGAAGACCCUUAUGCAAAAAGGUCAGAAUGUCGGUGAUUUAAGUUACGUAACAAGCAUGGUUCGCAAGGAUGUUUUAAGAACUGAUAGACAUCAUAAAUUUUACGGUGGAUCAGAUGAUAAUCAAAAUACUGCAAGUCUAUUUAACAUUUUAACAACAUAUGCACUGAAUCAUCCAAGUGUAAGUUACUGUCAGGGUAUGAGUGACCUUGCGUCUCCACUAUUAGUAAUUAUGCGUGAUGAAGCACAGGCAUAUAUUUGUCUUUGUGCUUUGAUGAGAAGACUUAAAGAUAAUUUUAUGCUUGACGGUAUUGCAAUGACAACUAAAUUUACCCAUUUAGCAGAAGGUCUACAACGCUAUGAUCCUGAUUUUUACGCUUAUCUUAAAUCUCAUCAAGCUGAUGAUUUAUUAUUUUGUUAUCGUUGGUUACUAUUAGAAAUGAAACGUGAAUUUGCAUUAGAAGAUGCUUUGAGAAUGCUUGAAGUUCUUUGGGCUGCUCUUCCUGCUUCACCUCCCAAAGAUGAACUUCAUCUUGCUGAAGUUCCAUUCCCACCACCAACACCACCACCAAGUCCAAAAAUCAAACACAUUAGAGAAAACGCAUACACUAAAGUUUGUGCUAUCAGACGACUUAGUUCAUCUGCUAGUAUAGCCAGCGGAAAAAAAAAAAUUCAUGGUUUAGAUGAACAAAGUGAAUCUAGUAUAAUUGAAAAUAGAUCAACAUCACCAAAAAUGAUUGAAACUGAGACAGAUGACGAAAUAACAUCAAAUAAAAAUCGCAAAAAUAAUACAACAAUAGAUAGAUUGUCUAGUAAAGAAACAUUAGAUGUGAAAUCAAAAAUAACGUCUAAUUCUUUUGAAAUAAAAACCGUAAAAUCAAUUGAAGAAACAAAAAUUAACGAACUAACAGAAAAUGAAAAAAAAUGUGCCAGAGUUGUAAAAAAUCUGAAUGAAUUUCUUAAUUUUACAUCUUUAAAUCGAAGUAAAGUAGGUCCCAGUGAUAAACAUGAACUUAAACGAGUAUCAAGUGAGAAUGGUGUUAUUCGAGUUGUACGGGAUGAUGCUGGUUCACCAGAUGAUCCAACAGAUUUUUAUCCAAUGACUACUUCAAUGACGAGAGAAUUGAGAUUAGAAUUAGAAUCAUUAGACCGACAAGUUUUUGGUUCAUCUAAUUCGAAUGAAGCUAACAGUAGUAAUAGUGCUACGAAUAAACAAGAUACCGAAGAGCCUGAUAGUGAAACUGAAUUUGAUACUGAAAUAUCGAGAUGUAGUCCAGCAGCUGAUGUUUUUGUUUGGGAAAAUCCAUUGCAUUCAUUACAAAAUAAAAAUUCAACUUUUGCAACUACUCCCGAUGAACCACCAGAAAUGGAAUAUGAUGGUGAAAUAUUGGAAGAUCAAAAUGGUGUAAAGUCUGUUACUCCUAUCAGACUUUUGAAACGUACUGCUCGGUCGGACUCUAUAUCUGACAAUGAAUGUUCUGAUAAUUAUCAAGAAAGUGCUGUGGCCUUAGAUAAUCAACUAACUGUGACACAAGAGCAAUGUGAAGAAGCAACAGAACUGACAGCAUUAAUACCAGCCGGAACAUUGGAAGAUCAAUUAACCGGUUUAUUGCCUCCACCAUCCGAAUUCGGUGGUGGUAAUCCUUUUCUUAUGUUUUUAUGUAUUACAAUGCUUUUACAACAUCGCGAUUUUAUUAUGCGUAAUCAAAUGGAUUACAACGAAAUGGCAAUGCACUUUGAUAAAAUGGUGCGACGCCACAAUGUUGCUCGGGUACUUUCACAAGCAAGACAAUUAUUUGCUGGUUAUUUAAGAAGAUAUUCUACCCCUGGUCGACCUGACUUUGUCAGUGUUUAAUAAAAUAUUCAGUGGCAUUGUUUUUUUUUUGUUUUUUUAAAUGCGUUAACAAUUAAAAUAAAACGUAUAACAUAAUUAUAAACAAAAUAUGUAUUAGUGCGAUAUCAUGUAUCAAUAAAUUAAAAUCUUCCCU